AUUGUUAAGGAAGAUGAAGAACCUGUGGAAUUCCUUGCAUUGUUGAGUUAUUUAUAAGCUAGAGGAAUUGAGGAGAGAUUCUGCAAUCUCAGUAGCUCAUUUCUUGCGCCAUUUAUUCAGCAUGCAUAGUUUUGCCUGCAAUUUUGUUUGGCAUAUCAAUGAACCUUGCCCGACAAAACUAUGAAGGAGGCUUUGAUUCUCACAUUGGUUGUACAGUUGUGUGUGAACACCCUCCUCCCUCAUAACCACAAUGCAAUUGUCCCUACUGACUGAACCUGCUCUUUGUAUAUCUCUGCUAUGGCUUUAGAAACUGACUUCAGAACCCAUUUCAGGCAAAUAGUUUGAAAGUACUUUUCUUCACGUAACUUGUGUUUUUUCUUUAGCAUUUUUAGGUCAUGUUUGGUGACAUUUCUAUGGCCUAUUUGAUGCACCUUAUGAGUCUGGUUUAAAUUUUUUGAAAAUUUGUGUUA